UUAAAGGCUGAGCGCGGCGAGCGAGCGAGCGGCGCGCCGGGUCCCCGCCGGCUCCCGCGGCCCCCGGGGCCUUUGUGCGCCGCGGCGGGGGGAGGGAUGCGGCGAGGAGGGGGCCGGCGGCGGCGGCGGCGGGGUGACAAUGGGAGAGGGACGGCGGCGGCACCGCGGAGGCUUCGCCGCACCGGGCCCCGGCGAGUUACUUCCCGUGGGAUGCCGAGGGCAAAGAGGGGCUGCCCGGGAAAAGGCGCCGUUUGCACGCAUGUGCAUGCGUGUGCAUGCAUGUGCAUGCUUAUGCAUGCGUGUGCAUGCAUGUGCAUGGGUGUGCAUGCGUGUGCAUGUGCACGCGUGUGCCCGCGCAGCCGUCCCACCCUGCCCUGUGCCCGCAGGUCUGUCGAAGAUGCACUGGUCACCGGAGCACGCCCAGUCCCUCAACCAGUGGCCGGAGCAGCACCUGGACGUCUCCUCCACCACCUCGUCGCCGGCCCACAAGCCCGACCUCUACCCCGGCGGCCGCCAGCGCUUCAACUACGCCUGGGCCAACGACGACAUCUCGGCGCUGACGGCCUCCAACCUCCUCAAGAGGUACGCGGAGAAGUACGCGGCGGCGCUGGACGCGCCCUACGAGCGCCCGGCGCUCGGCGGCUACGGCGAUGGCGCCUUCGGGGGCCUUAACGGGCAGAAGGGCGACGGGGAGCCCUGGGCGGCGGCGGCCGGCCCCGACGGCGCCUACGGGCUGAGCGCCGCGCACGACGGCCUGGCCGGCGCCAAGGCGGCCGGCGCCUCGGGCAGCGCCGCCGCGCCGCCCCCCGCCCUGCCCGAGCCCGUCUACGGCGGCGGCUCCUGCGGCAGCGGCGGCGGCGGCGGCGGCGUUGGGUCGCCGCAGGAGUACGGCUACGGCGGCGCCUACUUGCCCUCGGGCUACUGCGGCCAGGCGGCCGCGCACGCGCCGGCGGGGCUGCUGCCGCCCGCCUCCGCCCUGGUGCCGGGCUACGCGGCGGCGGCCGCCGCCGCCGCCGCCGCCACCGCCGCCGCGCCGGGCUACGGCUACGCCGCCGGCUACGCGCCGCAGCCGGGCUACGGCGGCGUGCACCCGCCCCACCCCGCCGCCUCCUACCUGCCGGCGGCCAUCGCGGCGCCCGCCCCGCUGCCCCGGCCCCCCGCGCCGCCCGCUUACGGCGGCUACCAGAGCCCCGGGCCGGCGCCGCCGCCGGUGGCGGACGCCUCCCUGAAGCGCAAGGCCUUCGACAUGGCCGGCGGCGCGGACGAGGCCGACGGCCGCUACGGGAAGUUCGGCUACGAGGCGGCGAAGGCCGCGCCGGCGUCGCCCUACGGCAACGGCUACGGCGGCGGCGGCGCCGAGCCGCCGCAGGGGCCCUUCAAGGCCCCCAAGGCGCCGGGCUUCGGCGGCCCCGCCGGCGCCGAGCCGCCGGCCGCCGGCGACCCGCUGGGGCUGGAGCCGGCGGACGGCGGCAAGAUGGUGGACGGCGGCCCGCCCGUGCACUGGGCCGACAUCGCCGGGCAGGCCUCCGUGAAGGCCGCCCUCGAGGAGGAGCUGGUGUGGCCGCUCCUGCGGCCCGGCGCCUACGCCGGCGCCGGCCGGCCGCCCCGCACCGUGCUGCUGUUCGGCCCCCGCGGCGCGGGCAAGACGCUGCUGAGCCGGUGCGUCUCCACGCAGCUGGGCUCCAGCCUCCUGAAGCUCAGCGGGGCGGCCCUGCUCUCCAAGCGGAAGGCCGAGGCCGAGAAGAUCCUGCAGACCGUCUUCUUCGUGGCCGGCUGCCGGCAGCCCUCGGUGGUGCUCAUCACGGAGGCCGAGGCGCUGCUGCCGGCCCGCGCCGGCGAGGACGGCGGCCAGGCAGGCGCCCUCAAGUCGCUGCUGCUCUCCUACCUGGACAACGUGGCUACCUCAGCCGAGCACGGCGUGGUGGUCAUCGGGACCACCCGCCGGCCCGGCGCCAUGGACGAGGCCUCGCACCGGCGCUUCGCCAAGCGCUUCUACGUCUCGCCGCCGGACGGCGCGGCGCGGCGGCAGAUCCUGCAGCACGCCCUGGCGCGGCGCGGCUGCUGCCUGGGCGAGCGCGAGAUGGCCUCGCUGGUGCAGCACACGGAGAGCUACUCGGGCGGCGAGCUGGUGCAGCUGUGCCAGCGGGCCGGCGCCGGCACCGGCACCGCCGCCGGCACCGCCGCCGGCGCCCUGCCCGGCCAGCUCCCGCCGCCCUCCUACAAGGAGCUGGAGAGCGCCCUCCGCAAGGUCCGCCCCGCCGCCUCCGCCGAGGAGCUGGACUUGUUCGUGGAGUGGGACAAAAUGUACGGGUCGGGGCACUGACCCCCGCGCCGCAGCCCCCCGGGAAGGACGCCCCCUUCCCCCCCAAAAAACGGGGAAAAAAACACCAAAAAAAAAAAAAAAUCCUCCUUUUCUCACCGUCCCCGCCCGGCUCGGCGGGCCUUCGCUGUUGGAAGUAGUCGCUCGCUGAACUCAGGAUAAUCUAUUUAUUAUUUGCCUGCUUUCCCGCGCGCCCGCGCCGAGCCCGGCGCGUGCCGGAAGCCGGCCGGCGCCGCGGGAGGGAGGCCGGGCAGGGCGCGGCGCGGGGGCUCUCGCGCCGGGACCACGUAGCUCGUUUGAUAUGCUAGACCUCCUUUUUAUUUUUGUAAGGUAUGUAGUCGUUUUGUUUUGUUUUCUUUUUAACUACUCAGGAAAAGAAUUACCUCAGAAAAAAGCAAAAAAAAAAAAAAAAAAAAAAACAGAAUGUGUUUUUAAAAACUCUUUUGAUCUUCGCAGAAAGGAGAUUUUGAGAGUUUUCAGACUUAGGACAAAGCUGUGUCGUGCAUUUGCUUCCAAAAAGGGUGACAGAAAGAAAGAAGAACGAAAGAAAAAGAAAGGAAAGGAAAAAAAAAACUUGAAGUUGUUACAAAGAUGAAAGUUGAAUGUAUUUCGGGUGCUUUUCACUUAUAUUAUGCCAUAAUUUUAUUUUAAUUUUUUUUUUUUAACAUUGUAGCGUUUGGUGGAGUAAUGUGUCUUCAACGGAAAGCGUGUUAGUGCCGUAGUGUACAGGCUGUCGCCAGCACCACUUUUUGGAGCGAGCCGCCGGCCGCUCGCUGCCCGCGCCGCCGCCGCCGCCGC